AUGUCCGAAACUCCCCAGAAGCCUCUCCCCUUCGUCUACCAGUUCGCCGCCGGUGCGGUGGCUGGUGUUUCAGAGAUCCUGAUCAUGUACGGCUCUCCACUUCCCUUAUUUGAUCGCAUAACCACUCCCAUUGGAGAAAUUCUCGGCAAAGCGUACCCUCUGGACGUGCUCAAGACUCGAAUUCAGCUUCAGACCGGGCCCGCUGUUCCUGGUGUCGAUCACUACAAUGGAAUGUUUGACUGCUUCCGCAAGAUUGUUAAGAACGAGGGUGCUUCCCGUUUAUAUCGCGGUAUCUCCGCGCCGAUCCUGAUGGAGGCACCUAAGCGUGCUACUAAGUUCGCCGCCAACGACAGUUGGGGCGCUUUCUACCGCAACCUUUUCGGUGUCGACAAGCAGACCCAAGGCCUGGCUACUCUGACCGGAGCCACGGCCGGAGCAACUGAAGCUUUCGUAGUGGUUCCUUUCGAGCUGGUCAAGAUCCGUCUGCAGGAUAAGGCCCAGGCACACAAGUACAACGGCAUGUUCGACGUUGUGAAGAAGAUCGUGGCCGCAGAAGGCCCUCUGGCAAUGUACAACGGCCUUGAGUCGACAAUGUGGCGCCACAUUCUGUGGAACGCAGGUUACUUCGGCUGUAUCUUCCAAGUCCGCGCUCAGCUGCCUGCCGUCGAGCCCGGCAAUAAGAACCAGCAGACCCGCAACGACUUGAUCGCUGGUAGCAUUGGUGGUAUCACUGGUACUAUCCUCAACACUCCCAUGGACGUCGUCAAGUCCCGUAUCCAAAAUACUGCCAAGGUUCCCGGUCAGGUCGCCAAGUACAACUGGGCCUGGCCUGCUCUUGGCACCGUUAUGAAGGAAGAGGGCUUCGCUGCCUUGUAUAAGGGCUUCACACCCAAGGUGCUGCGUCUCGGCCCUGGCGGUGGUAUUUUGCUUGUUGUCUACACCGGUGUCAUGGAUUUCUUCCGCAAAAUGCGUGAUGAGAAGUAA